CCACAUUUGAGGAUGUAACCGGAACUUGUUCUGGAGCUGGAGGUAAGCGCUGCCGGGAGAUGCUGCCGUCAUAAACAGGCAGAUGAAAAUACAAGAAUAACCUCAGUGAAAACGGCCCAGACAGGGACAGUAUUCAGCUUGAACUAGUAUGGAUGUUGAUGACUGCAAUGGCCGGUCUUACAUAUCAGCUAGCGGAGACUCCUCAAUGGAGAGAGAGUUUACUGGCGCCCUCGGAGGUCCGACAGUGAGCACCCCGAACAGCAAGGAGACGUCUCCGAGUCGCUCGCUCAGUGCAAACUCCAUCAAAGUGGAGCUGUACAGUGAUGAAGACCCAGGUCGCAGUACUGAAGAUGAAAGAGGGGAGCGGGUAGAGGAAGGAGGUCCAGAGCCGGGAUCUGACGCUGUCGGAGGCUACAGGGAACCCACCAACCCUGACAUCGUGCCAACCGGAGCCACCAGGAUGCCUAAUGGAAAACUCAAGUGUGACAUCUGUGGAAUGAUUUGCAUCGGGCCUAAUGUCCUUAUGGUGCACAAACGCAGCCACACAGGCGAGCGGCCGUUCCAGUGUAACCAGUGUGGCGCCUCCUUCACUCAAAAGGGGAACCUGCUCCGCCACAUCAAGCUGCACUCGGGAGAGAAGCCCUUUAAAUGCCCCUUCUGUAGCUACGCCUGCCGAAGACGAGAUGCACUCACCGGCCACCUUCGCACUCACGCAGUGUCCUCUCCAACUGUAGGGAAGCCUUAUAAGUGCAGUUACUGUGGUCGUAGUUAUAAGCAACAGAGCACCCUGGAGGAGCACCGCGAGCGCUGCCACAGCUACUUACAGAGUCUGGAGUCACAGCAGCCAUCCAGUGCACAGAAUACAGGAGAGGAGAUGAGAGAGCUAGAGUUUAUACCAGACUCUCUACUGCAACCCUCCUCAGACAAGAUGGCAUUUAUCGAUCGGCUCGCCAACAGCAUCACCAAACGCAAGAGAUCCACACCACAAAAAUUUGUAGGACAGAAGCACAUACGCCUCAACCUUGCAGAUGCACCUUAUGAGCUCAGCGCUGGUUUGGAUAAAGACAGGGAGAUGCACGCAGGUGACCUUGAAGCCCCGCACUUUACCGGUCUGGGAGGAGAAUACGCCGGUGUAGCAGGUAAUGGAGGAGGAGGAGGGGUAUCAGACACACUGAGGCCUCUACACCUUCCCACCACUCACCCUUCAUGUUUAUCAGAACUCAGGCCUCUCCACAGCUCCAUUCACAACCCUGUCGCUCUAGGCCCGAGGCUGGAUUGUACAGGGACUGGAGCUGGGCUGGGAGCUGUGGGUGUAGGUGGGAGGGAAGCAGCAGAGGGUCAUGAAGAUCUGCCCGCGGGUCGAAGUCACGCACCCUCGCCUAGCAAUGGUUGCCAGGACUCCACGGACACAGAGAGCAUGCCGGAUGAGCCGUGCAACAGCACUGCUCCGACUCCGACCCUGCACAGUAACAACGGCCAUCAUCUUCUCCACUCCAACAACCAUCACCCAGCGCCUCCAUCCUCCGUUGCACAUCACAGGAGUCGGGACAGACACAGUCCCAGCCACGCCAAAGACAGGGAGGUGGAACGAGAGGACGGAGGACACUCAGCCCUCCCGCCUCCCGCCGUUGCACCAACUCCCAGCUCACCUACAGCGCCCUCCUCCACCUCUAGGGAGGCUUUUCGGGUCGUAGACGCGGAGGGGCGAGCUGUGCGCUCCUUCCGUUGCGAGCACUGCCGCGUGCUUUUCCUGGACCAUGUCAUGUUUACCAUCCACAUGGGCUGCCAUGGUUUCCGCCAGCCUUUUGAGUGUAACAUCUGCGGCCACCGCAGCCAGGACCGCUAUGAAUUUUCUUCGCACAUCGUCCGCGGGGAGCACAUCCUUGACUGAGGAUAGGAAGGGUGGACGAGCUGCUUCACCUAGAGCUAUUUUUACACUGAGAUAAGGACCUGGCUGGGUUUGGUCUGCACACAAGCUAAAGAAGACACUGAUGACAUGACUGAAUAUGAAUAUUUGAAACAGGCACUGGUACAGUUAACGUGUACCAGCAUGAAUGGUAAGCUUGUGUGUGUAAAGUUAUAAUAGUGGUCCUUAAUGCACUUUGAACGAUGAAUCCAUUUAAACUGCACUUUUAAUUAAAUGUAUUCUAGAGUAGAUGAAGAGCCAAUGCACUUUUUCAUCCGCGGAUGUGCCUUGCUCCAAAAUUCAGGAUUUAAAACCUGAUGCACAAAUUGUGGUAGACAAAUCUGACUUCUGUCCAUAACCUGAAAACUUUCCCUUCUCGUGCACUUUAACAGAGACAAUGUUUAAAAAAACAAACAAACAGUUAAUAUGAAGGCUCACCCACAGUUUUAAAUGCCGUGCUCUAAAAACACUCCUCCAAUGAAAAGAACAAACCUGGGGUCGAUUCUCUUACGAGAAGCGAGGUGCAGACCAAACUCAGAGACCAGGUCCAAGUCGAAUAUGUGUUUUAAGGGGGUUGAACGUGAAUUAUAACUGCACUUUUGUUUUUAACGGGGUGGGGUGGACAGAUCUAAAUGAGUGUGUGUGAUAAUGUGUGUGUGUGUGAGAGAGGACAUGAGAGACCCCGCGUUGUUGUUGUUGUUUUUUUUGUUUGUUUUUUUUGGAAGUGGAAAAUGAAGGCCUUCGUGUGAAUGGUGUGUGGCGCAGAAAUGUUUUUGUUUUUCUUUUCCUAUGACUGCUUUUGUUGCACUGAUACCUGCCAGAAUACUAUGAUUAUAUUAAACUAUUUUAUGGAAUACAUUAAUGACCUGCACAUUUCUGUCAAACCGUGAGAGCGACUCUCACUAGGAAAGGAGUAUCACUGCCACAAUCUUAGAGAUUACUGAAGAGGCUAGGGUCUUUGUUUCUUUAAAACCAUAUCCCCUUUUCCUGACUAGAUCAAACUGCAACACUAAUCUAUUUAUGCUAUAUUUAAAGAUGAUUUUGGCGUUAUAUCUCAUUGUAUUGUGCCUUUCUUCACCCUGAUCACACCUUGUUGACCAGACUGAAGGACAUAAACUCCCAUCUGUCAUAUUUCCAAGAAACAGACCAUUGAAGCUGAUUUUUAAUUUACUGACUCUCCUCUUCUAAUUAAAUAGGGUUCAUUUUCAUUGAUUUGUCGGCAAAGAACCAAGUCAGCUAAUUUAUCAAAGACUAAAUGUGCACGGCGUUUGGCACAUGCUGCUAUGACGUGCAUGAGUGCAGCGAGGAGUGGCAGUUUACCGCCGUCCUCGCAGGUUUAAUUAAAAAAAAAAGAUGUUUUAUUUGAGCACAUUUCAGUCCACAGAGUUUAAAAUCAGUUGUGAUCUGUAAUAAAUUCUCCGGUGCAGAAAUUGAAACAUACGUCAAGUUAAAAGAAAAACUGUCGGCCAUUGAUUCUGACUGUUUAGGUACUGAAACAAUAGAGAUGGUUGAAUCCGGAUCACAGAUUUGGACUCAAAAAUCAACAGGACGCGUGGAUGAGACGUGUCUCCAUGUGUUCUGAGCCCGUUAACCUUAAUUAUUAAUGUUCUCAUUGAACGAGAUUUUAACUAUUGGACAUGAUUUCAUGAAUAUUUAGAUUCUUUCAGCAUCAAGUCUUUUGCAGUCCAAACAAACACCGAACGAGGCUUUAAAUGAAUGUUUAUGGUUGGAAUGGUUGUUUGGUUCUGUCACAUACUGAAUCCUGGACGGUACCGCUCAUGUUUUUAAGUCGUGGUCUAGACGUUCCAGACGCUCUGAAAUACUGUUUUUAUAAAGAGGAAUUUAAAAAAGAAAGAACGAAUAAGAAGAACUUGGUUUUCAUAUUAUUUUUAGAUCACCAUGAGCGUGGUUCUGUAUAGUACCAAAUAAUGGUUCCCCCAUGGCCGAGCCAAAGAACCACCACUUCCUACUGUUAAGCACUUUUCCCUACUACAGUGGCAAAAUGAAAAUAACGGUUAAAGUAAAUGAAUAUAUUUGUACAUACGGUAUGAAUUAGGAAGAAGCUGCAAGGUAAUAUUUCUCUUUUCAUUGCUGUCAGUAAAAAAAAAAAACUCGUAGAUGUUUAAAUCGUCUUUUUUUUUUUCACUUAGUUUUGCAGAAAACAUUUUAAAAAGAUCAUGUGGGGGUUUCCCUUUCAAAAUAAAUCUUGUAAAUGCUUACCUCAACUUACUCUUGUUUUAGGAGUCCCUUCUUAAAGUGGCUCUAUAUUUGUUUGGAUACAUAGUUAGGCUAUAAAAGAUUUAAAAGAGAAAGUCACGGACGAUGCAGUAUGAUUUCACCAGUAUAGAAACACAUCCACUUAAAAUAGGCGGUGAAAAUAUUUCUCUUCCAAAGUUGUAGUUUCAUUUAAUCAAAUUAUCUUGCCUUAAUGUAAAAAUAGAGACUGUUAAGUCAGUUAAUCAAACACAGUUCCCUGCAGUCGAUAAAAUGUUUGCCAGCGACUUAAAUGAUUCGACACCAAAGUUGUCAUUGAAAAAUCACUGAGAUUGUCAUGUCACUUUGCAUGAGAGGGAAAAAAAAUGUUUUGAUCAAUCAAUUUACAUUUUAUUUACUGUGUAUAUUUUGAUUUUAGGCAACAACUUGUAUCUACACGAGGGCCCAGGUGUGAUUCUUCUCUUGUUGGUGUGAUUUCUGUGUAGUAAGACUUUAUUAUUGUGCCUUUGGCUUGAGGUCUUUGCUUCGGUUUGACAUCCCUCAACAGUUUUAGAUUCUCACGUUGAUUGUAAAGCUUGGUUUUUUCAGUUGUUACUCCUGUGAGUAUUGCACAUUUCAAAAGGCUCCACAUACUUUUGGCCAUCUUAAAAAAAAGCUGUAGAGUAUAUAGAAAACCAGAACUAGGUUUCUUAUUGUUGCGAACACAGAUUUAUGAAAACAAGAACCGCUAGGAGCCAAAGAACCAAGGAGACAUGAACUUAGCCUUUGCAUAAAAACAGCAAACGCUUUGAGCCCCAGUCCUUUAAUAUUUGUAUUCAUAAAAGUUCACAUGAAAAUAUUCAUCCUUUAUUUUGAAGUUGAAAGUUUGGAUUUUUCUUCUUUUCCUUCUUCAUGUACAACACUUAAGACAGUAAUGUGCUUCUGAACCUGAUGCAUGUGGUACCAAUGCUGUUUGCUUCUCGACCUACAACCCAGACAUCUUUCCGUUUUAGUCACCAGGACAAC